AAUAAGUACGCAGACCUUCCAACAUGAAUAGCUUUGCUGCUCCCUAGUAGGUGGCGACUUGUGGAGGGAUGGAUGGACAUCAGAACAGGUGGAAGAGCCUGAGAGGAGAAGGAAUGACACGGGAGGCUUCAGCCAACAGUCUUGGCACAGCAGAGACAGGAGGAGAUAUGCGGACAUCAUAUAUUAUAAUUCCUACAAAGCAUGGAGCCGAUGCCAAGUGAAGCUUCCGUGGAGGAGAUGAAGUGGUACGAGCUCCUAAUGCCGCUCUACGAGCCUGGAGAUGAGAUGGGCUAUCUGGGAGACCGUCAACCUCAUCCACCACAACCCACACCUAUCGACCCCGAGGACCCGCCACUGUCCACUUUGUUGACAGGAAGUGAGGAGCACGGCCACUCGGGCGACUUCUACCCCCAGGGAAACACUGUGGAGCAGUCUGACAUGUCGUACCAACAGUGCCUUGAAGAACCUCCGAUGACCCUGCCAGAGUGUACAACAUGGCCUUUUGUUGAAAUGCAGCUAAAUGAUCAUCCGCAGCUAAAUGAUCAUCCUUCUCCCCCAACAAAGGUCUUCACAUCAAAUCGAAGGAGGAAACGCAACGUUCAGGAGGACGGUAGCAAGGCCUACAUUAAAAAGCCCCCAAAUGCCUUCAUGAUCUUCAGGCAAGAGCAGAGGCUAAAGGUCAUGGCUCAGUUUGAUAUCCGGGACAGCGCUGUGGCCAAUAAGGUCCUGGGUCACAUGUGGAAGUCGCUGUCAGAGCCCGAGCAGGAAAAAUAUUACCAGCAAGCAGACGUGGAAAAACGGCUUCACAGCCAGAUGCACCCAAACUGGUCCUGCACAGACAACUAUGGCAGAAAGAGAAGGAAGCAGAUGGAGGAGUUGCCAAUAGGGAAUCCAUCAAUGAAAGUGUGACUAAACCAACCAUUGAACAAAACGUCACCAUAAUCGACUUAAAAUUAUAACUAUGAAAUCAUACAAAAAUCCAUGUAAAAUAUUCCUCCCUUAUUAUGAUCAUAGUGUACAAUAAUAUACACAGCAGACCAAAAUGACACUAUUAUUAUGUUUGUUGUGUACUGGAGCUAUAAACUCCGUCACGUUGCUUCAACAUUGUCACGUCAAAUGCCACUGUGUGACUAAAUAACACUGACUAAUAAAACAUAUAUGACAAAGGUUAGAAAGAAAAAUACUUUUUAAGCUACAAUAUUUCUAAAAUGUCAUUUUGUUUGUUUGAAUAACUUACUAACUUGGAUACAUUAUCAGACCAUGAAGGUCAUCACGUUUGGUUUGUUUGGGCUCCUCUUAGUGGACAUUUGAUAGUACAGCGGGUCAAAAAACUAGGGGACAAUAAUUUGAGGUAGUGUUCCCUCAAUUAUCGUGGGAGUUACAUUCCAGACCCUAGGUAGGUGCAUUUUGUAGGGACACUAUUAAGUAUUUUAUUGGAUUUUACAUACGCUCUCCACACAGCUCACACACACAAGGACUCGUUAAUGCGAUAAACGCGUAAAAUGUAUCUAAAAUAUUGAUAAACUUAAAUACUGUUGCUAAAAGGUACUAUUAUAUUUCACCAAAUUUCAAGGCCAGUGUCAUUAAGCGCAAUAAAUAUUGUACUCCAACACUCGCCAGUUUGCCACAUUCGUGAACUGUGGGCCUUUAAGUCAAGUGUCACUUUGCUGCCAUAUAGUGGGCUCUUGCUGUAACCACAGAUUUCUCAGAUUUCAGAUGCCAGACAGAACAUUUUCAGGCAAAAAUCAUACUCACUUCAUUGGUGUGAUAUGUCUAAUAUAUAGGAUUACAAAAUGAUAAACAAGCCUGUUUUAUU